AUGAUGAAGAUUGACAUACCGGCGUGGCCUCUCCCAGUGGUUUGGGUCACAUCAGCACUACCAGUCGCUGCUGACUACCAAAGUAUGAGCCUGCGACUGGAUGGCGUGGCCGAUAGGCUUUUCAAAAAAGAUGGUACGGUGCAAGUCAUGGCCUGUAGAUGGAGUAAACAUCAAAAGUUCGAGAAUUUGCCUCUGCGCUCGUAUGAGGAUUUGUGCGCAUAUGUCAUCAUUGACCAGGAGCACACGAGGUCUAGCCUCGACAUAACACAUAAUGCAAUGAAAGUGCUGUUAUCAUCCUUCUCUGCAUUCCCGCAACUUGCCAACGCCCUGCCGGAAUUUGCAGCCUCAGAUAUUCCCAUACAAGGUUCAAGGACGUUUUUCCACACCGAAUGUUCAAUUUCGAGAUUAGAAGGCAGUUCAGAUCACCUGUGCAUGCUUCUAAAGUACAUUGAGCCUAACAGAAAUUUCUCCGAUCCCAUUCCGUGGUCCAUAAGGCAGCAACUACUUCAUCAGUCCAUUGAUGCUUGCACUCUGAGAGAGCACUGCGUGGUCAUUCGUCCAUCUGAAGCUUUCAAGGCGAGUAUUAUUGAUCAGUUCAUGCAAAGAGGAAACGUGUCCACCCAUUGGACCAACCUUCCAGUGGUUCUGGUCGGCAGUCUGAAUGCGCACUGGUCUGCCUACGUCAGGUUCCUCGACAAGGAAAUUUGGGACAUUGACAAAUCCAUCGACUUCACAAACCCGUUCUCGGAAACACCUGGUGAAGCCAAUUUCAGGUCGCUGCCGAGGACAAAGCAAUACCAUGACCUCCUCAUCCGGGCAAGACAUGCUCUAAAAGCGAACAUCCACGUCCUUCGACUGCUACUUAAAGAAUCCAUCAAGCGGUUGACAUUAGAAAGCAAAGCUUCACGUGAGCUUUUCGCAGAUCACUACACUACACUCGACUCUAUCGUCAAUGAUGUUAUCGAGGAGUCGUGCGAUCUUGUAGAGUACCUCGAAACACUUAAAUUGCGAGUCGAUCGCAUCACAGAAGCCAUACGCGAUUCCAUUGCAUUGAGGAACACUCACCAUGCUGCUGUCGAAAGCCAGAACAUGAAGCGCUUGACAGUGAAGUCUGUUCAGGAAGCGCGAACCGUCAAGGCAAUCGCUCUUGUAACGCUGGUUUACUUGCCGGCUACGUUUAUAGCUACAUUUCUAGGGAUCAACGGCAUCAACAUUCAGCAGACUGAUACAGGAGUUCUGCAUAUCGAAGCGGAUGCGCAGGUUAUCUUAUACUUUGCGCUUACAGUUCCUCUGACCUCAGUGACGUUGUUGUUAUGGUGGGCCUGGGAGAAAUGGAGUCGGUCGAGGAGAGGUGAGACGGGCAGCAUGGAUCCGCAGCCAGCGCGCCCAUGGAAAGCACAUGUAUCGCCCGUCUAGCUGGAUGUAAUAGCUGUUUCUUUUGUCUCUAUUGCAGUGGCCUCAGAUCUUCCUAAUAUCCAAAUUUCUUAUCCAUCCCUCUUGGCUCAUUUGCACACGUUUGUGGUGACACUGAGGGAGACGCCCUUCUUCUACUUCAAUAUGUAGCUUCAACAUACUCACAGCACUCGUGUCAAGAAUGGAGUAUCGCAUAGACCAGCGAAAUAAUCG